UCAGGCCCCGCCCCCGGCCUCGCAGUCUCGAACGCCGUUCUCGCGCUUGCGUCGCCAUUUUGCUGUAAGACGCCGUGCGGAGCGCCGUGCUCUUCUCCUCCUCCGGCAGCCGAGGCUGCGGCGGGCCGGACUGGGGUCGGGACCAGGAGGAGUUUGGUUGUCAGAGAAUAACAGGAGGUUGUCCAUAAUUGACUUGAAGCAGCAAACAGUAAAACACUGAGCUCUUCAGCUCCACCUUUCUUGCUCUGAGAAGUGGAAAACCAAGAAGGUUUUGAUGUUUUGUGUGGCGCCUCCUGAAUUGGAAACCAAGAUGAACAUAACCAAAGGAGGUCUGGUGUUGUUUUCAGCAAAUUCCAAUUCCUCGUGUAUGGAGCUUUCAAGGAAAAUUGCUGAGCGGCUGGGGGUGGAGAUGGGCAAAGUGCAGGUUUACCAGGAACCUAACAGAGAAACAAGAGUCCAAAUCCAAGAGUCUGUGAGAGGAAAAGAUGUAUUUAUCAUCCAGACCAUCUCAAAGGAUGUGAACACCACCAUUAUGGAGCUCCUGAUCAUGGUGUAUGCAUGUAAGACCUCAUGUGCCAAGAGCAUCAUCGGCGUGAUCCCUUACUUUCCUUACAGCAAGCAGUGCAAGAUGAGAAAAAGGGGUUCUAUUGUCUCAAAGUUGCUGGCUUCCAUGAUGUGCAAAGCUGGUCUAACUCAUCUCAUCACUAUGGAUUUACACCAGAAGGAAAUUCAGGGCUUCUUCAAUAUUCCAGUGGAUAAUUUAAGAGCAUCCCCCUUCCUCUUACAGUAUAUUCAAGAAGAGGUAAGCAAACAUUUUGCUCAUGUCCUUUGCCUAGACAUUAGCAGGUCAAGGUUCUGUGUGGUUUUUUCAUUUCUGUCUACUGUUCUUUGCAGGGCACAGUCUUUCGCGGAGCGUCUGCGACUGGGAAUUGCAGUGAUCCAUGGAGAAGCGCAGGAUGCUGAGUCUGACUUGGUGGAUGGUCGGCACUCCCCACCCAUGGUCAGGAGUGUAGCUGCUAUCCACCCCAGCUUGGAGAUCCCAAUGCUGAUUCCAAAAGAAAAGCCCCCAAUCACGGUUGUUGGCGAUGUCGGAGGAAGGAUUGCCAUCAUUGUGGUGGUGGUCACUAAUACCAUCCCACAUGAAAUCCAGAAGCUGCAGUGCCCCAAGAUCAAAACCGUGGACAUCAGCAUGAUCCUCUCAGAAGCCAUCCGCCGCAUUCACAAUGGAGAGUCCAUGUCCUACCUUUUCAGAAACAUAGGCUUAGAUGACUGAACAUUUCUCCCAUGGCAGAAGUCAAGUGGGAAGCCCAGCGUGCAUGCUGGGAGGGCCCAUGGCUGGCCAGGUACUCCUUUCCUCUCCCUAUAUCCUCCUGAGUGAUUCCUGUGAAGGUACAAGGACCAACUUUUUAUUGUCGGUUUAGGUUUUUGUGAGUUUGGGGGGUAAUUUUUAUAACAGAAAGACCUCCUCUUAAAUAAAAUAAGUUAAAACCUGAUCAUUUUUAGUGUAACCAUUUAAAAAAAUACACUUGAGUGAAGUUUUUAUGCUCAGCCUUUUUUUAAAGUUGCUUGAUCCAAGUGUUCAAAAAAGUUACAUAACAUGACCUGCUGUCUACUAUCUACAGUCAAAAAGCUGCUGUUGGUUCCCGUACAUGACAUUUUUAGAAGUGCUUUUAUAAAUGGGCAUAUAGAGUAUGUGGCUAUUUAUUCUCUGCAACAAAAGAAAGAAUAAAACCUCAUGUUUGUUUUUUAA